AUGAUAGACCUUCGGCUCAUUGCCCAGGGGGCUGUCAUCGCUCCUGACUGUCUGCAGGGGCGGCACGGCCUUUGCAGAAAGAAAGCUCUAUCUGCCCAAGAACGUAUGCUAGCCUGCAGUGAUUCAGAGAGUCAACAUGCCUGGGGUAUCAGAGCUACGACUGGUGGAGAGGCGCUACGACUGGUGGAGAGGCGUUACAUCUGCCGCUAUCUCCUGCGCUCAUCCUAUGAUAGGCAGCCGCUGGGGAUGCCUUAUGCUUUAGUCUUUAUACUUACACUGUCUUUGCUUUAUUCCUCUUUGAUGCUUGUGAUUAUGUCUGCAGUUACUACCCCUUCAUCCCAGUGCAAAGCUGAGCUCCUUCGUAGCAAUGUUGCUAAGCUGCAAGGUGACUGGAAACAUGAAGGACUUUUGGCAGAUCUGAAAAAAGGAGGAAGCGGUUAUGGAGGCACAAACAGCGCCGGUUUUUUUAGAAGGAGAGCAGCCUGGAAGCACAGGCAGAGAGCCAGGAACAGACGUGGAGGCCGGAAGCACAGUAAGAGGAAGGGGCCGUGGCAGACCACCCCGUCGGGGGGGCAAGCCAUCACAGAGCAGGCAGUGAUAAAUUUAUCAAAGCAUCAGUUAACAACAAAUGAGUCACAACUUGGAAAGCUGCUGGAUGAGGCCUGCCUGCAUGGCUGGAUUACAGAGGAGCUGAGGGAUGCGCUUUAUGUAGAACACCCGCAUUGGCCCAUUGUGAAAACUGAUGCUGAAUUGACAGCGAUUAAUCGAAAACGGGUCCGGUUCGGAUAUAAAAGGAACAAGAAUUUAAAGGAGCUAUUAUCCUCUGCGGAUCCGGUGUGCAAAGGGGUGGCGACAUUGAUCGUAUUUUACUCCAAAGAGAAGCAUUUUGGACAUAUGAACUGGAUUGCGUGGCUCCUAGGGGCUUAAAUAGUUCCUUAUCGCUGAACUGUUUUCUGUGAGUUCUUCUGUCCAAUUUCACAUUGGGAUUGUGCUGGUAUUGUUAUUACAAUUUAUUAUAUGAUAUAGGUAAAUGGGAUCCUCAAGUUGGUAUAUCUUGCUGUGGAACUGAUAUGUGCAUAUGCAUGUGAAUGUUAUAAUAGGCAGAUCUUGAAUUAGAUUGGGGGCCCCCACUAAUUAGGAUAGUGUUUGGUUUGAAUUGAU